GCAAGCUCAAAAGCUGCAUCCCUUGACCUGUGCUUCGAUUUUGAAAUUUCUCGCUGAGAUAGAUCUACUGCGUGGCCUGAGAGGAAUGUUACAAUCACACUACUUUUAGAAUAACCAUACCUAGGGACAAUCCGGCUCCUGGAACUGGCCCAACGACCCGCAAGGAGGCUUCGUCUGCACACAAACCAACAACAGCAAGACUCCAAUCGCCGGCAUUACCAAGAUCCAACCAGGAACGUACAUUUGACCGCUUUGGCAACGAGGAUCGCGUCUACUUUGCUCCCUUUGGCACCCCUUACCGCAUGCGCAGUCUCAGCCCAGACAUUCUCUGGGCUAAAUAUACGGUGUACAAGGUGGUGAAGGAAUUCGAGGCUAAGGUGGGACCGAUUGAGCCUGGGUUUGAGCAGCCGGGGUAUGGGACGCAGAUUGUGGCUAUUGGGUGGGGGAGGGCUGAUAAGAUGUGUGACGACAAGGUGUUGGUGAGGGUGGAGGGCGUGGAGUUGGAGAGAUUGAUGGGGAGUUUGGAGUGAUCGCAAUGGUGAAUGGAAUAUGGGUCUUUGUACUGACGAGGAGCCUAUGUCGAGGCGACUGUUGCAAUGAUAUUUGAGGACCUUACUUCUUCCAGAUGAUAUCCGUCACAUGUCGUACAGCACCAUGUGCGUGGGAAUACAUCGCACUUUGUCGCAUGCGACUGGCACUGUCACGCAUACUACACCACUGGGCGGAAGCAGAAGUGUUAUAUUUACC